AUGUGGCCAUUUGGGAGCUCCUAUCCCGAACGCAAACCUGAGGAUGUGGACGGGAAAACAUACGACUAUGUGAUUGUCGGAGGCGGCGCCGCUGGCUGUGUCCUGGCAUCACGCCUCUCUGAGGAUCCGAAUGUGUCCGUGCUGCUCCUGGAAAAGGGCGUCGUCAACGACAAUCUCCUUAGUCGCAUCCCGCUACUUUCUCAGAAUCCCAUGAUGGAUGGAUUGCAAGCGGUGAAGCAUCUGAGCCAGAUCCCCUCGGCCUUGAACCGGAGGCUGUCCCUCUACUGGGCAGAGGCGCUGGGAGGCUCAACUCGUAUCAACGCAAUGCUGCUGACUCGAGGCCCACCUGGCAACUACAACGAGUGGUCGCAGGAGUUUGGGCUGAAAGACUGGGGCUGGGAGAGCGUAGAACCUUACUUUCGAAAGAGUGAAAAUGCCAUUGGCCAUCCAGAUGCCGAAUAUCGCGGCCAUCAUGGACCAGUCGAAACCCGCCAGCCUGCUUAUCCAUUCACUUGCUAUCCGUACAUUGAGAUAGCCGUCCGCAAACUGGGGCUUCCUGUUCAUAAUGACUGCAACGACCCAGCAUCAAGCGCGCAGGGCUACUUUCGCCUAGACCAGGCGAUUGACAGCAAUGGGCGGCGCAUUUCUGCCUACAAGGCGUGGCUUAGCAAAGAGACUGCUAUCGCUCGAACAUCACACCUUACCGUGUGUACCGGUGUGACAGCCUCCAGACUUGAAGUCGAUACAAAGACUCGCAAGGUGAUUGGCGUCCAAAUUCGGCGCAAAGGUCAGGCAGACAGGCGUGAGUACUAUGUACAGGCACGACGAGAAGUUGUGCUUUGCUCUGGCGCAAUAGAGAUUAUGGUCAUUCCCGUUGAAAGCUACUUUGAUGUCUACAUUACCGAGCAUUCGCUUCUGACUUGGCUAUGUACAUUGGUGCAGCCUUUUAGCAGAGGCCACAUCAGGCUUACUACCACAAAUCCCGAGCAUCCCCCUGAAAUCACUCACCCUCUUCUAAGAGAUGACAGGGAUCUUGAACCGAUGCGAAAGGCUAUCCGCUUUGCAUUACGUCUGGGCCAAGAGUUUGGCCGCUCAGGCUAUCCGCACCCUGCGCCUUUGGUCUAUGGACCUGGUAUGGACCUGGAAUACCUCGACCAAAGACUGGGAUUCACCAAGCCGCUGCCAAAUCAAAAAAAGAAGAGCGGCGGCACAACUGAGCUGCCAGAGUGGCAAAACAUUUCAGAUGAGGCCAUCGAUGAGUACACGAAACGUGCCUAUCAGAGCGCCCUACACUAUGCCUGCACUUGUCGUAUGUCGCUCGACGCAGCGGAUGGUGUCGUAGACCAGAAAUUGCGUGUGUUUGGCGUCAACGGUCUUCGCAUAGCCGAUGCCAGUGUGUUUCCCAAGAUUCCCAGUGCGCACACAAUGGCGCCGACGAUGAUGGUGGCCGAGAGGUGCGCCGAUUUCAUCAAAGAGACGUGGCGUGAGAAGCGACAGUAG